AGUCUAGAGCCUCUCUCCCUGGCGCUCUCGAGGGGCUGCCCCCGCCUUCGGUGGGGAUUCCCGGCCCUGGAACCGCCCCGGGGCCCCCCACGUGUCGCUGGCGCCCCGCUCCGACGCACAAAAGGCUUGGCGCCGCCGCGAGGAAGCGAGAGUAGUCCGUACUCGCCUCUUGCGCGCUCUGAUGGGGCGCUCCGCUCCGACGCCGCUCCUGCUCCUCGCCUUCCUCCUUUGGAGAUGCCUCGCCGCCGCCAAGGCGGGCUGCGAAAAAGGCACCUACCGGGACGCCCAGCGCCAGACUUGCAGCCCCUGCACCCCGUGCCAAGACAAAUAUCAGUAUGAGCGACGCUGCUCAGAAGACUCCGAUGCUGUCUGCAAAUGUGCCCCUGAAUAUGAAUGUGGAGAUCUAGAGUGCGGCAGCUGCAUCUGUGGUAUUGGAGAGGAGUGGAACGGAGCAGGUUGCCAAGAGUGUCCUGAAGGGAAGUUUAAGGCCUGGAUAUCUGGCAAAUGCCAAAACUGGACACAAUGUCCAGCUAAUCAGAUCUCAAUUCCUGGGACGGCGAAAACUGAUGUGGUUUGCAACACGACAACAGAAGGCCCUACAAAACCCCCGACUUGGCCGGUUUUAACGAAGGAGACAGAGCAGGACAGCCAUCUGGUCCCCAUCAGCAUCGCCUUGGCAGUAGCCUUGCUUCUGUGCAUGCUGUUCCUGGUGCUCUUUUGCAUCAUCUUCAGAUCCUGGGCUCGAGAGAAGUUCCCGGCUGUGAUCCUGAAAGUGCCGCUUGGACAGUUGGCCCAGGAGGUGGAUGACUGCAGCUACCGCUACCCGGAGGAAGAAGAGGGGAGGAAGCACGAAACAGCAGGGCUGCAGGGCAGCUCAUGGAAAAAAUCCCUUACUGAGGAUGAAUUCAUCACAUCCUUCCAGAAACAGACCUGGAUGCCUUGUUCCCACUCCACCGUAGCCAGCUGA